UCGACGCUGAUUGGCUGAGCUGACGGGCUCGUUGAGUCCGGCAAAGUGUCGAACAGAAGCGGAGCCAGACGAAGAGGAAGUACUUUUCACAAUGGAAAUAAACAAGUAAACCGAACUUCAAACUUUCUGCAGCUCAACAACCAGACAAGCCCUCCAUGCCUGCCCAACCCGCUGAGAGGGAGCCGGAGGAGGAGAUGGAGGCAGACGGAGAGUCGCAGCUCCCCGAAGCCAACGUAGAGGUGGAGGAACCGAAGGACGCUGAGAGGAUGGGGGGAGGAGGAGAGGAGACGAUGGAGGAGAGCGUGGAGGAGAGGGACAGCGACAUGGAGGAGAGUGAGGAGGUAGAAGAGGAGGAGGAAGAGGAAGAGGAGAGUUCAGAAAUGGACGAUGAGGACUGCGAACGGAGAAGAGGAGAGUGUCUAGACGAGAUGAUGGAUCUGGAGAAACAGUUCCAGGAACUCAAAGAGAAGUUGUUUCGUGAGCGGCUGAACCAGGUGAAGGUGAAGCUGGACGAGGUUCUGACCGGGAAGGCUGGAGAAUACAGAGAGCCCCUGGCUGCUCUACAGAACAGCAUGCAGAUACGAACACAAGUGGCCGGAGUUUACAGGGAGCUUUGUCUGCAGGUGAUCAAACACAAGCACGACUGUGAAGUCCAGGGGGCGAAGCAACACCUGGAGAGUGAGCGCUCCCUGCUGUUUGACGCCAUGAAGGCGGAGCUUCUGGAAAAGAUUCGCAGGCUGGAGGAGGACAGGCAGAACAUAGACCUCACCUCAGAGUGGAGCGAUGAGAUGAGAGGGAAGAAGUGCAAAAGGAAGAACCUGCUCGGCCGCUCGGACAGGAAGAAGAAAGUGUCUCUAGUUUCAGGGCCGUUUAUCGUCUACAUGCUGAGAGACAUCGACAUCCUGGAAGACUGGACCGCCAUCAAGAAGGCAAAAGCGGCGCUCUCCCCACUAAAAAAGAAAGUCGAGAAGCGGUGAUGACGUGAAGAGCCGAGCUGCACACACCAAACCAACCGAGGCACAACAUUCCCAGUUUCAGACUGAAACACAGCAGCUCACGCUGCUCCACUGUUUUUGUUUAAGUCUUUGACCCCCAACCCGACUGCUUGUUUAUCUGUUGCUAUUUAAGAUGCGUUCUUAAUGAAAUGACAACCAUGUAUUUAUAGAAUGAUUUAUAAUGCUGAUUAAAAUUUUAAUCUUUUAUGACACAA